AUGUCUGUUAGCUUGAUAUUUGUUGCUCCUUUAGUAGUGAAUGCUGAAGGUGUCGUAUUGAUGUCAGGUAGUGUUGCUGGAAUAACUUCCACUGUUGUUGUGUCAACAUCAGUUUGCUUUGUAGAUUCAGUUAAUGUUACCCGUGUUGUGUCAGUGUCAGUUUGUGUUGUGGAAGUAUCUGAGAGCAUUGAUGUUGAGUGGAUUACUGUAAAAUCACUCAAAGAUUCUGUGGUUCGGCUGACAUUUCCUGUUGUUGUUUCCUGUGCAGUAAUGUCUGUUAGCUUGAUAUUUGUUGCUCCUUUAGUAGUGAAUGCUGAAGGUGUCGUGUUGAUGUCAGGUAGUGUUACUGGAAUAACUUCCACUGUUGUUGUGUCAACAACAGUUUGCUUUGUAGAUAUAGUUAAUGUUACCCGUGUUGUGUCAGUGUUUGUUUGUGUUGUGGAAGAAGCUGAGGGUGUUGAUGUUGAGCGGAUUUCCGUAACAUCACGCAAAGAUUCUGUGGUUGGGCUGACAUUUUCUGUUGUUGUUUCCUGUGCUGUAAUGUCUGGUAGCUUUAUAUUUGUUACCGUUUUAGUAGUGAAUGCUGUAGGUGUUGUAUUGGUCCCUGGUAGUGUUCUUGGAAUAGCUUCCAUUGUCGUUGUGUCAGCAUUAUUUUGCUUUGUAGAUUCAGCUGAGGGUGUUGAUGUUGAGCUGAUUGUUGUAAGAUCAGUCAGAAAUCCUGAGGUGGGGCUGACAUUUCCUGUUGUUGUUUCCUGUGCAGUAAUGUCUGUUAGCUUGAUAUUUGUUGCUCCUUUAGUAGUGAAUGCUGAAGGUGUCGUGUUGAUGUCAGGUAGUGUUGCUGGAAUAACUUCCACUGUUGUUAUGUCAACAACAGUUUGCUUUGUAGAUAUAGUUAAUGUUACCCCUGUUGUGUCAGUGUUUGUUUGUGUUGUGGAAGAAGCUGAGGGUGUUGAUGUUGAGCGGAUUCCCGUAACAUCACGCAAAGAUUCUGUGGUUGGGCUGACAUUUCCUGUUGUUGUUUCCUGUGCAGUAAUGUCUGUUAGCUUGAUAUUUGUUGCUCCUUUAGUAGUGAAUGCUGAAGGUGUCGUGUUGAUGUCAGGUAGUGUUGCUGGAAUAACUUCCACUGUUGUUGUGUCAACAUCAGUUUGCUUUGUAGAUUCAUUUAAUGUUACCCCUGUUGUGUCAGUGUUUGUUUGUGUUGUGGAAGGAGCUGAGGGUGUUGAUGUUGAGCGGAUUCCCGUAACAUCACUCAAAGAUUCUGUGGUUGGGCUGACAUUUUGCUUCGUAGACUCAGUUAAUGUUACAUAUGUUGUGUCAGUUUUAGUUUGUUUUGUAGAAGUAUCUGAGAGUAUUGAUGUUGAGCGCAUUGCCGUAAAAUCACUCAAAGAUUCUGUGGUUCGGCUGACAUUUUCUGUUGUUGUUUCCUGUGCAGUAAUGUCUGUUAGCUUGAUAUUUGUUGCUCCUUUAGUAGUGAAUGCUGAAGGUGUCGUGUUGAUGUCAGGUAGUGUUGCUGGAAUAACUUCCACUGUUGUUGUGUCAACAUCAGUUUGCUUUGUAGAUUCAGUAAAGGUUACCCGUGUUGUGUCACUGUUAGUUUGUGUUGUAGAAGUAGCUGAGGGUUUUGAGCUGCUUGUUGUAAAAUCACUCAAAGAUCUUGAGGUUUGGCUGAUAUUUUCUGUUUUUGUUUUCUCUGCAGUAAUGUCUGGCGGCUUGGUAUUUGUAGCUCCACUAGAAGCAAAAGUCCUGGCGAUGUCAGUCUGA